GCGGAGGUAGCAGCGGUGAAGCGUCCACAGCCGCCUCCUGUCGUUCAGACAGAGGGAGAGAGAGGGGGGAAGGACGGAGAAUGGCGACCGUGCAGUGCACUAAAUGCACGGCAGAAAGAAAAGGGUUUCGGCGGGAACUUGAUUCUUGGCGACACAAACUGAUACACUGCGUUGGAUUUGAAACUAUUCUGGAGGGAAUCUAUGGCCCACUGCUGCUGAGAGACCUCAAUUUAUUUGAUGACUGUGAACCCGAAGAGGUGGACGACUGGUCCCCGGAGUCAAGCCGCUCUCAGUGUUCAUUCUGCAACCUUCCCCUGGACAAACUCAGUGAUCAAGUACCUGCAGCCACGUCGCCCCUGUCCUCCCCCUCUGAUUACUCUGAGAGCAGCCAGUCAGCACAUAGGUUCCUCCAAGCUGUGUUUCACAAGAAAGAUGUGCCUCCGGGCUGUGAUUCCAACAUACCUCUGAUUGCCCAGGAGCUGAUGAAGAAGAUGAUACAUCAGUUUGCUAUGGAGUACGCGUCCAAGUGCCUGCUCCCCACCAAUACAAAUGGUGUUACAAGGACCUCCUCACCCUUGUCAGAAACAUCAGAUGCCCCUCUUGACCUCACCGUGAGCCGAACACAGGAGCAGAAAGAGAGUCAACCUGAGCCAGACGGCGUGCUAGACCUCUCCAACCGGAACUCUGCCUGCUCAGCAACUUCAUCCAAUCACAAAGCGUCAGGCUCCCUGCUGCCGUCAAUCACAGAGGACCUGGGAGAUCUGGGACAGCGAGGGACUAAGUUUCAUCACAGUUCUGCGUUGGAUGCUGUUCUAAGUUCUCUCUGUCCAGCACACAGAUCCUUACUCUCUCAGAUCCUGAAGCUGGCACACCAGGAAAAGUUAUUGUCGUUCCUUAAUCACAGACCUGUAGGCCAGACUGAAUCUCACUGCUGUCACUGUGGUGUAAGCCCACAGGACAACAAUACCCCUCAUUCAGUCACAUUAAGUGAAUGUAAAGCCCACUACCCUUUAACUGAUUGUGAGCAUCAAAGUCAAGGCAGCACAGGGUACCAUCUAGGAGACUCCAAGUCCAACUGUAGCAUCCAUCACUUCUCUUUGAAAGACUGUAACAGUGAAGGUCAGCGAGGAUCAAGGUAUGACUGUGUGCAGAGGUGCAGGAUGGAAACUUACAGUGUUUUAUCCUCCAAGAGGCUGCAUUGCAUUUCCUGCCAAAGCCUGGCUGAUGGUCAUACCAACAAAAUAGUGUGUUCAUUUGCAUCCUUGCCCCCGUUAUCCCAGUCCCCUCCACUGUGCACUCCCUCCACAAAUUUCUGCCCUUCCUCAUCGAACUCUUCUAACCAACACAGCCACCCCUCUUGUCCCUGUUAUCUAAACCAGGUCUGUCUGACACAAGUCAAGAAUAGCAUAGAAAGAGGGGCGGCAGAUGGGGAUCCUCCUUGUCCUGUCUUGAAAAGAGAACAGAGCCCCUCUCCUCCCCCUCUUUCCCCCAUCUCCUCAGACAUCGGUAAAACUGAUGAUAAACCACCCUCUCUUCUUCGUCAUAGACAAGAAGAGGAAGAUGACCUGAUGAUUAAAAACAGUCUUGUGAGUGCUAACCACCAGGAAGCCAAUGUGGAUAAAGCUACAGAAGACGAGCUGCAGUGUAAGACACCAGGAAGCAGUCAGGCUGAACAGAACCCAAGUGGGGCUUUACUGCAAGACGUUAUGAAUCGCUUCAGUGAGAAACUGGAGACAAUCAGACCGCUCGACAGGGACCCAACUCUGGUUGCCACGGCCAUCUGUGUUUCUGAGAAGGAGCCGUCGCAGUCACCCUCAACCAGUCAGAAUCUGGAGUUUCAUGCUGAUGCCCAUCUGACUGAAAUCAUCACCACGGUGCUUCACACAGGCAGAGCCAGUGACUACAAUCUCAGCGAGCUCUUCAGUCGCCAUGAUAAUGGAGAGGCCAAGUCCCCCAAUACCCGCUCCCGUCGUCGCCAGGAAGUCCUUGCUGCUAUAGCAACACCUGCUGAUGACGCUUCAACCAGACGGCAUACCUUACAAAUCAAACGUGAGCUUGCUAUGCUUGAAUCAAAGUCCUGCAAUAGGAGAAAAGUGCGACUAGGAAAGAAGGCAAAACUGAGCAAUGAAAAUGUUUCUGUAACUACAUCAUGCAUUUCACCAGACCCAAACCUAGUGAAAGAGGUGUCUAAAAGAGAACCUAUAGUAGGUGUAGAACACGUAGAGAAUUGUCUAGAAAGGCAGGGACCACUGAACAUGCUGUCUGCAGGAAGUGACAGGCAUGAAGUUAAAGAAGAGAUUCAAAGAGUUAUAGUAACGAAAGAAAUUCAGAUCAUUAAAACAGAGGGGAAAGAAAGGGAAAUAUCAAGUGAAGAAAAAGAUCUUACUUUCUCAGGUAUUCAAGUACAAACCCCUGAGCUACAAUGCAAGUAUAGCAAACAAGGCUCAAAGCAUGGCAGUGCACAAACAAAGGUGAUUACAGUGACUGCAACCUCAGCUACACAGUGUGGUCAGCCCUGUAGAGAAGACGGUAAGGGUGGCAGCGCUGAAAAUGAUGGUGGCCACAAAGAAGCUCCAUUAGAUCAAAGCUGUGACACUGACAACAGACCAGGUAAAGGUAAAGACUGCAGUAGAGAAAGACAGAAAUGUCAAUCAAACCACUCUAAGGGGGCAAGAAAGUCUGGAAGAAGUAUUGUCCCUCCAACGCGAUUCUCCUCCUAUGUCACAGAGCCCAGGAAGAUGUUCUUUGUUGCAUGUUUCUCUGAAAGCAUCUUUAACCAAGGAGCACAAAAGGACAAAGGUUUGACAUCUAGCACCUUGCAUGCCUUAUCCAAAGAUCCAGAUGAAUCAACAAAUGAAGCCUGUCUGUCCUCUAAUGAGCACACAGGGAAGCCUGCCUUUGAAUCAACACAGAAAGAACAACAUGGGCCAUCUUGCACAAAAGAUCAAUGCCAGGUCUCUCCACAAAGUGUGGCUGCCAAAGAGAAGAAUCCUAAAAAAUGCAGCUCAGACAAUAGGACAGAUAUCAGCGACUUGGCUGCCACACCUUAUGGAAGGCUACGAUCAUCUCCAAGAAGACUACAGCUCUCAAAGAUGCAGAAAAGCCUAACAGAUAAGGAUGUCAUCAUCAAACCCACUACCUGUGUAGAGAGCCCUCCCAACUCCCAAGUCCAGUACAUUAGUCCAAUAAAGCUCAUGUUUGUAUCACAAGUUAAGGAUAAAGAUGGAGUGAAAUAUAGUCUGAAGUCAGCAAGCAAUGGUUCUGGUACACAGGCCGAAGAAUCUUUUGACCCCUGUGAAGAGUCUUCUUGGUCAGGGACACCUCAGAAGCACAAAAACAAGAACAAUGAGUCUGUGACAUCACAAGCAAAAUCUAUCUUUUCACCACUGAAAUCUGCUACCUCACGCACAAGAUCUGCUUGUUCACCAACUAAGUCUGCUUCUUUACCAUCCAAGUCUGCAUUUUCACCAUCCAAGUCUGCGUCUUCACCAUCUAAGUCUGCGUCUUCACCAUCAAAGUCUGCAUCAACACCCAAGUCUGCAUCUUCAACACCCAAGUCUAGUUCUUCACCAGCGAAGUCUGCCUCUUCAACGCCCAAGUCUGCUUCUUCACCUGCCAAGUCGUCUUCUUCACCAGCAAAGUCUACUUGUUCACCUGCCAAGUCAACUUCUUCACCAACUAAGUCUCCCUGUUCGCCCAGGUCGACUUCCUUGUCACUUAAAAAUGGUUCCAGAAGGUCAGGUGAUGGCACUCCAACUAAACGUGUAGCUGGAACCGAAAGCCAGGGUUCACCAGGUAACUUGUCAUCUUUCCAUGAAACCACUCCUCCAAAAAGGCGUCCAGGCCGACCAAAGAAGCUGGGACCACAGCUAGAACAGAAAGAGAAGAGGCCCAUCGGUCGACCACGUAAGCAGAAGGCUGUGGAUGCAGUAAUUGGGGAAAAAACGGUAAAUGGAAAAUGUCUGUUAGAAUCUGAUGUUGAGGAGAAUGUAAACAAGAACCUCAAAAUAACAGUGAAGUAUGGUCGUUCAAGGAGAAACAAGCGGAUCGUGUCUGAGGGCUUUGAACAGCUGCAAACAGAAUUCAAUGAUGCUUGGCAAGCCGCGGGUUGUAAAAGUGACUUGGGUAUUUUAUUGCACAACUCUAAGAGCAGCUCAGGUAGUAUCAAAACAGCCUCAGAGGAGUUGGAUUUUGUCAGCCCUGUGAAAGAGCUUGCCCCUCAAUCUGGCAGUAACAUCAAAUGUCAGAAGCAAAGUGAAUCUGUCCCCUUAAGGAAACCAGGCAGACCCGCAAAAGUUAAAUUCUCUGGAAUCUCAGUCACAGUAACGACAGUCUCACCUCGACAGCGCAAAAUUCAAAUAAAUGAGGAUUCUCGGCAGUCACCUGGCACAGUAAUUCAUAAGAAAGUAAUUCUACCAGAAUUCAGAUCUGCCAAAGAGCCUUGGACAAUCAGUCAGCAGUUAACAAGCAAAAGGAGUCAAACAGUAGAAGGGAGCGAGACAGCAGAUGAAAAUAAAGAUGAACUGCCAGAUCAGCCUGUGGCAGUGCGGCACUCGCUGAGAGUAAGAAAACCCUCCAUCCACUUUUUGCAUGCUGUUGCCACCUCCAGAUCAUAUAGCCGCAGUAACGCUCUGGUGCGGCGCUCAAAACAACUUCUGCUGAACAAGGCCAGCAAUGAAAGGAGACUGGAGGAGCAACAGAGUAGUGUGGAAACGUCAGGGGAGAAAAGACAGCGUUGUGGACAAGAGAGGAAGGGCGCCUCUCAGGACCUGAGCAAAGUGGCAGGAGUAUCUGUAGAUUCAAUCUUCACACCUAAAGAGACACUACGGUGGUGGGAAGCAUCAGCUGAGGAAAAAACAAUGAACCAGGAGCUUGCCAGGCGAAUCCGAGUCAUCUCUGAUACCUGGGUCUCAGACACCGUAGAGAACCAAGAAAAAGAACUUGCCUUUAACUCCCAACUAAGUACUAAAGACAACAGUUCAUUUACCAGGAAGUCACAACAUUCCUCUGUGGUUCGAACGCUGUUUGACUGUCCAGCUAACAAACCAAGGUCCUACAGCAUGCAGCAGAUCUGCUCCUGGUUUAUGCAGACCACAGAGACACAAUCUCUGGCUAUUGUCAAGAAGGCAAGCUCCCGUCCUUACGAACCUCGGCACUUUCCUCGUUCUGCCAGUACAAAAACUAUUUGCUACAGUCCUCAGGCAGAACGACUCCGUAAACACAUCAAGAAGUUUGCCAAAACUGUGCCAAAAAGUCCUUUGCAACAUCGGCAGGCUCAGAGACGACUGAGGAAUAGGAAUAAGGAAACACGUAACAUCAGACGACAACUUUUCAAACCCAGCUUUCCAACAGGCAAGCUCAGUCGAGGAGUCCAGUGCUGGAGAAGCAGAACAUCUUUUAAAUACCAAGUCGCUCUGUUUAGAGCCAGGAAAAGGUUUCUAACGCGGAAAGAAAGGGAAAGGUGGCAAAAGAGGCAGAGGAAUAGAAAAAACAGAAAUGUAGCAAGAAGAUGCUCAAAUGGACAUGUAGAAACUGGACUACAACCAAAAUGGAAAGCAUUAUGCAGAUCAACAAGAGAUCUGUUUUCCGGGUGUUGGUGGAAAUGGAGGAGGAUGGAGAACAGAUCUGCCAUCAGGUCUGCUUACCAGACUGAGGAGCAUGUGGAUGUACGCAAAGAGCGGAACCUCUGCUCGAAAGCCUGGAGUCCUGAGUCCUUGAAGGAAUGCCGGGUGUUGUUGAGGAAGAUCAACUCUCCAGACAACGAAUCAGCUGAGGAGGAGUCGGACUCCUGUACUGUGACACUGGAUGACGGGUCGCCUUCCGCAUGCCUCUUUGCAGGAAGGGAGAGGGAACUGGUGGGAGUCGUUAAAGCUGUGAAAACUGAGAGGAGAAGGAGCACGAGUAGGAGGACUGCCUCAAGAGAGCCGGCGGGAUCUGCACCUAGAUUGGUCCAGGAGCAGGGUGAAAUGCCAGUGGGAAGGAUGAAACGCAAAAACAGAAGUCCCGGGGUUGUGUCUACUGAACCAUCACAACCACCACCAGCGAAAAUGCUGAGACAAUCGCGAAUGAGAGGCCUGACGGGGCUAAAAUGGCGUGACUAUGUGUUCGAAAACUAAAUGAAGCGUGGGGCCUCCUCUUCCUGGGAAAGGGACUGUGGUUUAACGUGGUGCCUUUGGACAUUGAGCUGACCACGUGGACUGACCAUCCCACUAUGGUUCAGUCUUACACUCAGCAGUUAUGUAGCAGUCUAACUUAAAAGCUUGAUGUUGCACUAUUUUUAUCCAUGAAUAUGUAUGUACAGGUUUUUUUUUUGUUUUUCUGGUCAACUUGCCUUUGUCUUUCUAAGCGUGUAUAGUAGAACAAAUCAUUACAUCAAAGAAGAGUUUUAAUGGGAUAAGUACUUGCACAGUGAGCCCUGUGUGAAUAGGCGUAUUGGAAGGAAAGAUGAAGCCAGAUUGAAUUCAGACAGUGCUGUCUCCCCUGGAAACAUACCUCAUUAUCAAGGCCAGCACCUCAUCCGGAAAAUGACCUUUUACUGUAAAUCCUAACCUGAGACUAGUAACAAUUUUUUAACAUUUUAACUCCAGCUCCUAACUCCCCUAAAAUUACUAUUUUUUAAAAUUUAUUGUGACUCUUACUUUGCCACUGUUUGAAUUCCAAAUUGCUCAUUUAAUCAUUUGCUUUUUUUUCUAGAUCUGGUAAAGUAUAGUGAAAUUUAAUUUUAAACUUUCUAUCAAUCCGAGCCUUGUUUGCAAUAUUUAUCUAUGCUUCAGUUGCUGUCAUUGUAUUGCAGGCAAGUAGCCAAAAACAUGAUUUUAAUGAAGGAAUAUUUUGGAUCGUUUGAGCCCCGUUUUUAACUUUAGUUACUCUCCGUGUAUGGGCCCCAGCUAUAGAAUUGUGAUACAGUAAUUAGCCACUAGCCUGCACUAAAACCAAACAUUUUAAGCUGUUAUUUCUUUUUGAAUAUUUUUUUAACCAGUCUCAGCACCAAACUGCAAUUACUACACACACAGCGUAAUCAAAAUGGCUACAUAUUCAGCCCCCGGUGUCUGUGAAGUGAUGAAGAAAAAUGGCAUUAUGCAGUCGUAGAACGUAGAUUCUGAUCAGUCUGUUGGUUUGUGGGAUGUGUCGUUUUGAUUUAGUUACCUUUAUGUGAGUGUCUCGUUUUCAUCCAAAGCAUUUACUGUAUGUCGGUGUCGGAUCUACUUCUUGCACUAUUCCAUUUUGAGAUUAUUAAUCCCACUACACAGAUUCCUCCUCCCAUAUUUUUGCACAUCCCGUGUCCCGCUACCAACCCCUACUGUAAAACUAGAGAAUCUGUUUGGUGCAAUACAAACCCAGAUGAUUUAUCAGUAUGUAGUAGUUAUUUUAUUGCUGACAGACGAAUGGAUGUACACCAGUACCAAUGGCCUGGGAUGUUACUUCAGUGGUUCCACAGCCAUGUAAUGUGAUCUUAAAGGAUAAUGCUAUACAAACUCUUGUUUUUCCCACCUGCUUUGUUCUCAACGGAGCAGAAAAAUAAUGUACCUAAUUGUUAUAUUUGCAUUAAUUCUUUUUUUUUUUUCAUCAUAAAUGUUCUAGCAUUAUUUACCGUUUAAAUGCAGGUGGGAGACGCGUUGCUGUUUGCCUGGAGUUCCGCUUUCCUCAAGUUACAAGAGAUGCCUACCUCCACUGGGUCUCAGCUGGGGCUACUGCUCUUUCGCUUAUCAGCCGUGUAAUAGGAAAGGCCAGAGAGUUGAUCGAUAAACACUAAUCUUGGAUCAGUGUCAUGUGCCCCCCCCCCCCGCCUGCCUUCGGUUUGGAGGGCAGGUAAGAUCCAAGAGGUCUGGCUGUAGGUCAAAAUUUAACCCCGUAGUGUGUAUUGUGCCUGACUUCUCCUUGUAUGUACGUCACUAUGGUUGCCAUUUCAACGGAAGGGAGGUGGGGAGGUGCAGUCCUGUGAUAAAGAACCGUCAGCCCUUUGUUUGUUGAAGAACCUGGUGCUAAACAUCUGUUGUAUAUUUUCUUUAUCGUGUUUUUAUACUGUCCAUUACAGAAGCAUCAAACAAGGUGUCUGUGACUGGAACAAUAAAGAGUCUUUUGAAAUAAA